CGAGCGGUACAUUCACUUUAAGCAUUUUCAACUAACACAUUCGCUCUACACACCAGGAAGACAUACGACUGUUAAAGUCGGGCGUCUGUUCUUCAGAAAUGUCGGGAACGGGUGAUCCCUUGCUGGAUAAGCAACAGCACAUCAAGUAUUGGCAGCGCUGUCAUAAAACAUAUCUCCCGUCCCCUUACACAGCCUACGACUCGACCCGCCUUACUUUCGCUUGCUUCACCAUCUCAGCGCUUGACCUUCUCUCUGUUCCGCUCACCCAUACUGAACGUGCUGCUAUCCGUUGGUGGGUUCUCAGUCUGCAGCAUCCAGAAGGUGGCUUUUGUGGAAGUUCAACGCACGCAUUACCAGCUCAAGAAGCAUACAAGGGCACAGCAAAUAUCGCAGCUACCUUUUUUGCGCUUGUACUGUUGGGUCUGGCGGCCGAUGGCGAGGAUGAGGCGAGGACAGCUUUCAGCGGGGUGGACAGAGUACGGUUGUUGAAGUGGCUGAAUAUGCUUCAGAGAAAGGAUGGGAGUUUCGGGCAAGUUUUUUGGGAUGGAAAGAUUUUGGGUGGCAGAGAUAUGAGACACAGCUAUCUAGCGAGCUGUAUUCGAUGGAUGUUGAGAGGAGAUGUGAAGGAAGGCGAUGAGGGCUGGGUGGAGGAUCUGAACAUUGAUGAAAUGAUUGCUCACAUUAACAGAGGCCAGACAUAUGACGGUGGAGUGGCAGAAUCGUCGCAGCACGAAUCCCAUGCUGGGUAUGCAUACUGCGCGAUAGGUGCGCUGUCGCUUUUAGACAGGCCACUAGACUUCACAACACCGCAUCCUCCCGAAGAGGCACUGAAACGGGGCGUCCCGAAUCGUGAUGGGCUCCUACACUUUCUCGCCUCCCGCCCCUUCGCCUACCUCGCCAAGGAAGAGGAAGAAGAUGAAGCUGAGGAAAAUUUUCUCGAGUCAAAGGCCGGUGAGCUCGAUCUUGGUCACAUCGGAUUCAACGGUCGAUGGAACAAGAAGGCCGAUACGUGCUACUGUUGGUGGGUUGGCGGUACACUUGAAGUAAGUUCCCCAUGUCUCCUUGAACAGAGCACAGGACUUACUCGUCUUCCAGAUGUUAGGGAAUUCUAGCAUCAUCAACGUCAUUCCUUCGCGACGUUAUCUUCUUGAUAUCACACAGCAUCGCAUUGGCGGUUUCUCCAAGUCCGUUGGAGGGCCUCCGGAUAUGUACCACUCGUAUCUCGGUCUAGCUGCAUUGGCGACCAUGGGCGACAAUGAUCUAAAAGAAUUCGACGUGGGACUAUGCUGCAGUCAAGAGACGACGAGGAAAAUACAAAAGGCGAGGGACGGACUCAUAGAGAGCACGAGACGGAAUGGGAAAGCCUGGUGUGACGAUGGCUUCUGGUAGAUCUCGGUUCAAACGGCGCCCACAGCCUUGAGUAUAUAUAAUGAAAAUCCCUGCUUCAAUUUGCAAGCAUAACAGAGUUUGCGAGUUCUUGAGUA